AAAUCUAGUUUGUCUGUCGAAACAGAUACAAGAAGACGCUAUGUGCUCUAAGGUCCUACUUGCAUCCUUCUGCCUCGUGGCUUUGGCCAUGGGACGCCCUGAUGGAGCCCCUGCCCCUGAGGGAUAUGGAUACGAAGCCCCUAAGCAUCAGCCGAGCUACGAGAAGGGAAUGCCAUUCGACUAUAACUACGUCGUCAAGGACGACUACCAAAACCUCGACUUCGGCCACAAGUCCAACUCCGACGGGAAGGUGGUGACCGGCGACUACCACGUCCUCCUCCCCGACGGUCGCAUCCAGACCGUCGUUUACACCGCCGAUUACAACGGUUACCGGGCUGAGGUUACUUACCAGGGAGAAGCCAAAUACCCUGAAGCCAAGCCCUAUGCCCCUGCUCCGUCCUACGGCGCCCCUAAACCAACCUACGGCGCCCCUGAACCCACUUACAAAGAACCUGCCCCAGUCUAUGGAACCCCAGCUACCACUUACGAGGAACCCAAGGCUCUCUACGGCACUCCAGAAUACUGAAAUGUUUCGAAUAUUUAACUGGCUCUCGUAUUUCUUCGCUUCUGUAUUUAUUUAUCUAUUAUGAAAAUAAAGUAAACAAUUA